AUGGGGGGGAUCAAAUGUGAAAAUAAUCAGCCAGUGAAGAACAACUCGGGUGUGACACCAGCAGGGCAGUGUGGGACCUGGGUGAAGGAGCCUGAGGGGGGGUAUUUCACCUCUCCCAACUACCCUCAGAAAUACCCUCCUGAGAAGGAAUGUGUCUACAUCAUAGAAGCCUCUCCCCGACAGUGCAUUGACUUGUUCUUCGAUGACAAAUAUUCCAUCGAGCCGUCCUGGGAGUGUAAGUUUGACCACAUCGAGGUCCGUGAUGGGCCUUUCGGUUUCUCUCCAAUCCUCGGUCGCUUCUGCGGGCAGGAAAGCCCAGCGUACGUCCGCUCCAGUGGGAGGUACCUGUAUAUCAAAUUUGUGGCUGAUGGUGAACUGGAGGCCAUCGGUUUCUCUGCCCGGUAUAACUUCACGCAAGAUCCGGAGUUCAACGGUCUUGGGGAACUGCCAGCUCUGCCAUUUUGUGAUUUUGAGCUGAGCGGUCCAGAAGGCUAUGUGGAAUCUGCCCAGAUAGCCGGGGAGAGCCGGGCGCUGCCGACUGAGGCUGUGGACUGCAGGUGGUACAUCAAGGCUCCACCAAAAUCAAGGAUCUACAUGCGCUUUCUGGAGUAUGAGAUGCACAACUCGAAUGAGUGCAAACGGAACUUCGUUGCCAUCUACGACGGCAGCAGCUCGGUUGAGCACCUGAAGAAUAAGUUCUGCUCCACGGUGGCCAACGAUGUCAUGCUGGUCUCCUCUGUGGGCGUGGUGAGACUGUGGGCAGAUGAGGGAAGCAGGAAGAGCAAAUUCAGGAUCCUCUUUACAACUUUCCAUGAGCCUCCCUGUGAACAGGAAACUUUCUUUUGCCAUAGCAACAUGUGCAUCAACCACACCUUGGUCUGCAACGGUAUCCAGAACUGUGUUUACCCAUGGGACGAGAAUCACUGCAAAGAAAAGAGGAAAGCCAGUAUCCUGGACACGCUGGAUAACACUAACAUCGCUAUCAUUGUUGUAACCUGUGGCCUGGUUGUCAUCCUGCUCAUCAUCUCUGUCAUCAUCCAGGUCAAACAGCCACGCAAGAAAUACAUCAUCCGCAGAGAUGACUUUGACCCCGCCCUCCUCCACCCUGGCUCUGAGCCCCCUCACUACGAGCUCUGCACUAUGCGCCGCGCACCGUCCGGCGACCUAACUGACGCCGCCAUGGCCGAGGACUACGAGAAGCUCCACAAGCUCCGCCGUUCCUCCUCCAAGUGCAUCCGCGACCACCACUGCGGCUCCUUUCAGGGAAGCGUGCACGGCAGCGUUCACGGCAGCCGCAGCAACCUGAACGUGAGGGACGCCACCAUCGCGGCCGACGGGGGGGCUCUCUCGCCGCCGCCACUGCCGCCGACGAUGGUGGGCCAGCAGUCACCACGCCUCUCCCACCACACCACGCCGACGGGACGAAGGAGCAUCCUGGUGAUGAAGCACAGCUAUUCUCAGGACGGGGCGGAGGGGUACAGGGCUGAGGAGGAGGAGGAGGAUGCGCUGGUGGAUGAUGGUGCCACCACCAGCCAGCAUUACAUGCACCACCAUCAUAUCCACAGAGGCGCAUCAGGGCUGGAUCACGCUGUCCACCGUACACUGUCCAACGACUUCUAAUAGAAGGCGACAAAU